AAGCUUGAAGUGGUGGUUUUCAGGUCCAGGGAUGGGUGGUCCACUUUGUUCUGUUGCUGUAGCAGCUCGUACGGUUUCCCAAUUGUGGAGAAAGCCUUUAAUUCCAGUGAAUCACUGUGUAGCUCAUAUUGAAAUGGGUCGAUUGGUUACUGGAGCAAGCGAUCCUGUAGUGUUGUACGUGAGUGGAGGUAAUACGCAAGUUAUUUCGUUUACACAAGGACGAUAUCGAAUAUUUGGAGAAACGAUUGAUAUUGCAGUUGGCAAUUGUUUGGAUCGAUUUGCUCGUCUCAUCAACCUUUCCAAUGACCCUAGUCCAGGUUAUCAAAUCGAACAGAUGGCCAAACAAGGAAGGCACUUCAUAGAACUUCCUUAUAUUGUGAAAGGAAUGGAUGUUUCUUUUUCUGGUUUAUUGUCAUUGAUGGAGGAACAGUUGGAUAACUGGUUAACUCGACAAGGAUAUACUGUUGCAGACCUUUGUUUUUCGUUACAAGAAACCGUGUUUUCCAUGUUGGUUGAAGUUACGGAGAGAGCAAUGGCACAUUGUGGUCAAAAGGAUGUACUCGUAGUUGGAGGUGUUGGUUGUAAUGAACGUUUACAAUCGAUGAUGAACGAUUUUGUAUCGAUAAUGGUGCAAUGAUUGCUUGGACUGGUUUAUUACAAUAUCUUCAUGGAGAUAGAAAAGAUAUUCUUCAAACAGGAUGUACUCAAAGAUAUC